ACUUUCAAAGCCAAGAUUGGGUAGUUGAUAUCUUUAAGGUUUCUGCGUGAAAACACUUGGAAGGAUCUUUAUGGAAAAACAGGAUGAUGCUAAACUCAGAGGUCUUGUGGAAUAAAGCUUUAACAGACAACAAUGUCAAAGGCCUCACUGGCUGCCUACGGGGCCUCUGUACUGAAGUAGGUGAAGGGGAUACGAGUGAAUGUUUGGCCAGUUUUAACUGCUGGCUUCAGAGUUCAGUAGAACUGGCCAAGAAGGAGCUGUUAAUGCUCUGUGUCAGUCGAUGUAAAGGCUUGUGGAUGUUUUUAGAUGAAAACUCUAUCGCUCUACUCCAUAAACUGGUCCUCAAGUUGAAGAACCUACUUUCUCUGGUCCACCUGGCAAAGAAACAAAGGUCUAUACAAGGAAGCAGGGCUUCAUGUGUAUGGGGUUGUUGGAAACAAGACCAUCAUGCCAUGAGGCAACACAUCCUACUGGGCAGCCUGAUGCAGUGGUGGAGCAUCACAGGACUUCUGCCCAAGUACCCAGAAGCCCAUGAGUUGAAGAGGAUAUCUCAGAUGUGGCGUGAGAUGGACCAGAAACACAGGAGAACAUGUCUGGAGUUAAGUUAUGCUGAGGAUAAGUACCGGUGGAGUUCUCUUAUUCAGGGUAUGGUAGCUCAUUUGGACAAACAACACGGGCCUAUAUGGGUUUCAGAAGACUGUGCCUACCAAACAUACCCACCGCCAUCUCUAGAAGCUUUACUAAAGCUCGUGCUGUUGCCUAAUAUUGACAUGGUGUCUGUCCAAGCCAUUUUCACUUUCUUUAACAAGGCUCCAGAUAAUGUACUUUGUCCUGGAUGUGACUAA